GGUGGGUGUAACCCAGAGCUCACCAAUCCAGAACCCGCUUUUCGGGACCCACCAAUCCAGAAGCAGGAAUGUGAAGCGCAGCCGCAAAGCCGUCAGAAAGGAAUAGACGGAGAGUCGGAGGGACCCUAAAAGUUAGGGGCGGGGAUACCAGACUUGAACCCGUUCACAGAGCUGCAGAAUUCUGUGGCUGGGGAGAUAGCGUGGGUGUGGCCCUUAUCUGCACACCGACUGGAUGGACUGGUCCUAGGGCCUCUAUAUCAUUCACUUUCUCUGGGUCGCCCUAUCUGGUGGGUAAGUUCUAGCCUCUGAACGAACACCCGACUCUUCCACCAGCACGUACACGCGCUUCCCGCUUUAGUUGCUCAUAAAUCAGACUUCCAAUGGGCCGGACUGUGAUCGUGCUUGGCGGCGGAAUCAGCGGACUGGCGGCAAGUUAUCAUCUGAUCCGAGGCCCCUGUCCCCCUAAGGUGAUCUUACUGGAAGGCAGCAAGCGUUUGGGAGGCUGGAUUCGCUCAGUCCGAGGAUCAGAUGGUGCGAUCUUUGAACUUGGACCUCGAGGAAUUAGGCCCGCUGGGGCGCUGGGAGCCCGUACCCUGCUCCUGGUUUCUGAGCUUGGCUUGGAGUCAGAAAUCUUGCCUGUCCGGGGGGAUCAUCCAGCUGCCCAGAACAGGUUCCUGUAUGUAGGGGGUGCCCUGCACCCCCUACCCUCCGGCCUCAGGGGGCUACUGCGCGCUUCACCUCCCUUCUCCAAGCCUCUGUUUUGGGCUGGGCUGAGGGAGUUGAUGAAGCCCAGGGGCAAAGAGCCUGAUGAGACCGUGCACAGCUUUGCCCAGCGCCGCCUUGGACCUGAGGUGGCGUCUUUAGCCAUGGACAGUCUAUGCCGAGGAGUGUUUGCCGGCAAUAGCCGUGAGCUCAGCAUCCGGUCCUGCUUUCCCAGUCUCUUCCAAGCUGAGCAAACCCAUCGGUCCAUAUUACUGGGGCUGCUGCUGGGGGCAGGGCAGGGCCCACAACCAGAUUCCUCAUUAAUUCGUCAGGCCCGGGCUGAGCGAUGGAGCCAGUGGUCACUCCGUGGAGGGCUGGAGGUGUUGCCACAGGCCCUUCACAGCUAUCUAACAAGCAAAGGAGUCACUGUCCUCAGUGGCCAGCCAGUCUGUGGGCUCAGCCUCCAGCCAGAAGGACGCUGGAAGGUGUCUCUAGGGGACAGCAGUCUGGAGGCUGACCACAUUAUUAGUGCCAUUCCAGCAUCAGUGCUCGGCAGGCUGCUCCCUGCCGAGGCUGCACCUCUAGCUCACGUCCUGAAUACCAUCACUGCUGUGUCCGUCGCUGUGGUCAAUCUGCAGUACAAAGGAGCUUGUCUGCCUGUCCAGGGAUUUGGACAUUUGGUGCCAUCAUCAGAAGACCCAACUGUCCUGGGAAUCGUGUAUGACUCAGUUGCUUUUCCUGAGCAGGAUGGUAACCCCCCAGGCCUCCGAGUAACUGUGAUGUUGGGAGGUUACUGGUUACAGAAGCUAGAAGCUGAUGGCCAGGAAUUGUCUCCAGAGCUGUUCCAACAGCAAGCACAGGCAGCAGCGGCUACACAGUUAGGACUGAAAGAACGGCCAAGCCACUGCUUGGUCCAUCUACACAAGAACUGUAUCCCUCAGUAUACCCUAGGCCACUGGCAAAAACUAGAGUCAGCUAUGCAAUUCCUGACUGCUCAGAGGUUGCCCCUGACUUUGGCUGGAGCCUCCUACGACGGGGUCGCUGUCAAUGACUGUAUAGAGAGUGGGCGUCAGGCAGCAGCUGCUGUGCUGGGCACAGAAUCUAAUAGCUGACCCC